CCAGCAGAUAAGAAAACUUCUAAACCAUCAGAAUUUAAACCAAUUAAAAAAGAAUUAGUGUUUGAUAUUGAUUUGAAGGAUUAUGAUGAUAUUAGAACUUGUUGCAGUGGUGGUGAUAUUUGCUCAAAAUGUUGGAAAUUUAUGACAAUUGCAAUCAAAAUAAUUGAUGCUGCAUUAAAAGAGGAUUUUGGAUUUAAACAUUUGUUGUGGGUGUAUUCAGGUAGAUGUGGUGUUCAUUGUUGGGUUUGUGAUGAGUCAGCCAGGACAUUAGACAAUAGUGAAAGAAAGGCCAUCACAUCUUAUUUGGAAAUCAUUAAGGGUGGUGCACAAGUGGAAAAAAAA